AUGGCGGCUUUCAGGCAGGAAUUGUACUCGCUAAGCUGCAAGGUGUUCAGCCAGCAUCCAGCCUUUCAGCAACGGCAGCUCGCCUUCACCACGUCUUCCCAAAAGAAACGGAGGAUUACCCGCCAGUCGACCAGGGAGCACGGCAAGCCUGAGGACUUGCUGCUGCCCUCCACCGAAGACGACGCCGAUCCCACCUUCUCCUUUUCGGUUGCUUCCGCCUCCGGCUGCAGCACACCCACCUUCCUCCGCGCCGAUUCGCUCCCUCCCUCCGGUGUCCCUCCGCGCCUGCAGAGCCGGGGCACGCCCUUUGCCGACUCCCCAUCCUCAGCCGCGAGCUCCCCCUGUGCUGCGUCGGCAGACCUGUCCGUCGAUUUCGACCGGUCCGCCGACUUCACCGACUCCGGCUCGGCCCUGCAGCUGCCAGAUCACCACGCGCCGGCGGGAAAUCAGUCACCAAUCCACCAGUGUGUUCGACGAGCCUUCAUGGGGAGCACCGCAGAUCUCCCCCAGCGGUCCUCAUCCCCGCUCAAACGCAGGGCAUCCAGCAUGGAGCCGGAGCACAACGCCGCGGACGCGAGGGAGGAUGUCGACAUGCUUAGGCCCCCGGAUUCUGAGGCAGAACCACCGGCGGAGCCGGCAGUGGGGCCAAAGGAGGAGGACGCUCAAGUAGUGACGGCCGGCGGUUCAAACAACGCUCCCCUGGCUGGCGACAAAGCAGAGCUACCCCUACGAAACGAUAUCCCCCCGCUCGACCAACAGAUCAAGACCAUCGAGACGCUCGUCAAGGCUUUUGCCGAGACCCCGGCGAAGGAGGGUGAUGAGGCAUAUCUCGUGUCUCGGCGGUGGCUCAGUAAAGCUCAGGCUUUUAGAUCGGACGCGAAGCAUGCCAACAAAGAGGCCUCGGAAGGGUCGCUCGGUCCGGUCGACAAUUCAGACAUCAUUCAGGCCAUAUUCACAGACUCGGCGGGCGUGCUCUGCGUCAAGUUGAAGCCCGGAAUGGGCGUUGAGAACUUCGAGCUGUUUCCCAAGGAUGCUUGGGAUCUCCUCCUAUCUUGGUACGGCUUGGCCCCUGGUCAGUCGCCUAUCGUCCGCCUCGCCCACAACACCGCCCCGGACUCUGUGAGCAUCCCGACCAUCCAGUACGAGUUCCAUCCCCCGGUGUUUACGAUCCACCGGCUAUGGUCCGCGACUAGCCCCAUUCCGAUCGAGCAGGAAGUCAAGCUCAAGAAGCCCCCGCCUCCUGUCGUUGUCCAGAGCACCUCGUUCGGCUACAACAAUUUUCUGAAGCAGGUGAAGGCGCUCGCCGGGAUAUCACCGGACCGCAAGGUGCGCGUGUGGAGAGUCCUCCAGACCAUUCCGGCCACCGAGUCCGUCGCGGAGCCGUCCGGGAUGAAGACUCCACCCGACUCGCCGGACCGUGACCCUGGCAUUCUCACGCAGCCCCCGGCCAUUCCCGGGUCCUGGCCGGAAAUGCUUGUCGAUGUGGAGUCGUUUUUGAAGCUCGAGAGGGACGUCGAACGUGGUCUCGUGGAGGCUGAGGACACCACCACAAAUCCCAACUAUAAUGGGAGAAAGAGUCUUGCGCUGGUAGGCCUUGCUGUCGAUCAGACGCUUGUUCUGGACGAGCAGAUUGAGCGGGAUGCCUAUGUCUCGACCUUUCGGGGCAGUGGCAUCAAGGAUAAGGCCAUCGCGAGCCGGGGCAGCUCAACAAGCCUGGCAGCUCAGACCCGUGGCAAUACCAGCGGACGCAGCAGCCCGGCGUUUCAGGGGCCUCAGACGAGGGGUCGCUCUCAGCACAAGUCGGGUCGUACCAUAGGCUGCGUCGGCCUGCAGAACUUGGGCAACACCUGCUACAUGAACUCGGCUCUCCAGUGUGUGAGGAGCGUCGAGGAGCUUACAAAAUAUUUCCUCACGCACGAGGCCCACAAAGAGAUCAACCCAGACAACCCACUUUCUCACAACGGUGACGUCGCGGCUGCUUAUGGACGUCUGCUGGAGGAGAUUUACAAGGACCCGGCGCCGCUCUCGGUUGCUCCGCGUCAUUUCAAGGGCAUCAUUGGGCGGUAUGCGCCCGCAUUCUCGGGGUACGGACAGCAGGAUUCACAAGAAUUCCUUGGGUUUCUCCUGGACGGCCUCCAAGAAGAUCUGAACCGCAUCAAGAAGAAGCCCUACAUUGAGAAGCCCGACUCCACCGAUGACAUGAUCAAUAACCCGGCGGCCGUCCGCGAGAUGGCUGCCAAAGUGUGGGAUAUCACCAAGAAGAGGGACGACUCGGUCAUUGCCGAUCUCUUCACCGGCAUGUACAAGUCCACCGUGGUGUGCCCCGUCUGCGACAAAGUUAGCAUCACGUUCGACCCCUUCAACAACCUCACCCUGCCGCUCCCCGUGGCCAACGUUUGGUCCCGUCCUGUCAAGUAUUUCCCUCUGAACGAUGCGCCUGUCAUGAUCGUGGUCGACCUCGACAAGAACAGCAGUAUCAGGGCGCUGAAGCAGUUCAUCGCUGCGCGGGUGGGAGUUCCCCCGGAGCGCCUCUUCGCUGCAGAAGAAUUUCAGGCCAAAUUCUUCAAGUUGUAUGAUGAUGGGGCUGCGGUCUCUGAGGAGAUCCAGCCGAGCGACGUCCCCGUGGUUCACGAGCUUGAGGCCGCUCCCACCAAUACAGCUGGACGCAAGAGACAGACCAAGAAGCAACGGCCAAGGCUACCGUCCGAGGAAGAGGAUGAAGAUUCUUCUCCGGUGCAUGAUCCCAGAGCGGAACGCCUCCUGGUCCCGGUCCUGCAUCGUCUCGAUCCCCAGGACCCUUCUAGCCGGAAACGCUACGGGCGCAAGAUGUCCGAGGUGGUCCCUCCGCCGCACUGCAUCGUCCUGACGCCUGAGGAGGCUCGUGACAUGGAAGUCAUUCGCCGCAAGAUCCUGGAGAAGGUUGCGACCUUUACGACGUGGCCUCUGCUUGCGGAUUCCGAGGACGGCGAAACAGCCGAGACGACAGACCCGGAGAUGGUCAAUACCGCAUCGGACGUGGAUUCCGCCGGCGACUCCAAGGUGGUAGCUAAGUCCGUCGAGGGCGAGGACGAUAUGGUCGACGUCACAAUGCGCGACGCAGCCGAGCCGCGGGACCCGUCUGUGCCUGCGCCGCCUGAAGAAAGCAGGUCGCCACAGGUGCUGAGACGGUUCAAGCAGCGGCGGCCCAAGUGGCUUGACCCUCGCCAAUUCCUCGACCCCGAAUUGCAGAAUCUCUUCGAUUUGAGUUACUUUACUGAGUCGGACACCACCCUUCCGACUGGCUUCAAUUCGACUUCGGAAGACCGCGAGCUACCUCGACUGAGCUCCAGGCUGCCUAAGCCUCCCGCCUCGGACGUCGAGAUGGCAAGUCCCGGGCCGGUGGACGGUUCCGAUGAGAGCGACAACGAAGAGUCGGGGAACGUCUCCGCUGCGCUCCUCACCCGUAUGGCUGAGGAGUCCAGCGAAGAGGACCUGGAAUUCUCCAGACCCAAGAACCUGCCCCCUCGAGCAUCCGGGCCAGCGUUCCAGAGUCACGUAAGCGCCCGGGGAAAAAAGAAGUUGAAGGCCUUCAAGACUUACGGUAAAAAGGGGAAACAGCGCCUCAACAGACAACAGCGAGCUGCCCGUUUCCAGCAGUCAGCGGCGCCGGCGUUUGAUGUUGAGGAGGAUGUGCUUCCUCCUGGCGGAGCCUUGAUCGGCCUUGGCGAAGGCAUCAUGGUGGAGUGGAGCGAUGCUGCUCUUGACUUGGUCUUUGGCGGCACAUCGCCGGGUGACAUGCGGGGCCUGAAGACGUACAAGGCUCCCGAGACGCUUGAGGAUCCCGCGCUGGAAGCCAGGAAGAAGGCGCGACAGCUGCGAAAGAAGCACGGCAUCGCGUUGGACGACUGCUUGGACGAGUUCGAAAAGGAGGAGAUCUUGUCCGAGCAGGACACUUGGUAUUGUCCGCGCUGCAAGGAACACCGGCGUGCUAGUAAAAAGUUCGAUCUCUGGAAGACGCCGGACAUCCUCGUGGUCCACCUUAAGCGGUUCAGCUCCACCGGCUGGCGUCGAGACAAACUGGAUAUUCUGGUCGAUUUCCCCGUCGAGGGGCUCGAUCUGACGAGACGGGUCAUCGACAAGGAAGACGGAAAGCAGGAGGUUUACGACUUGAUCGCCGUUGACGACCAUUGGGGCGGCCUCGGGGGCGGCCACUACACGGCCUUCGCCAAGAAUUUCGUCGAUGGCCAGUGGUACGAGUACAAUGAUGCUCAGGUGUCAAAAUUGACCGAUACCUCGAGGGUCGUUUCGUCGGCAGCCUAUCUCCUCUUCUAUCGUCGCCGGUCUGAGGUGCCCUUGGGCGGUCCCAGGUUUCAAGAGAUCUUUGACCGCUACAACAACCCUGACGAAGCCAUGUCGGACUCGGGGGAAGGUCAGCGUCUCGGCCAAGGCUCCUCCCGUCGUGGAUCGCCGAGCGCUUCAACCGGAGCAGGUCCAGCUCUCCCGCCAAAUGAACGUGGAUGGAUUAGAGGUCAGGAGUCGGAGCGACCGUCGUGCCCGGACGACGAUACCACCCUGGGUGGUCAGCUGUCGUGGAGCAAUGAGAACACGCUCCAUAACAGCAUCGAGGGCGAUGGCGAAGAUGAGGGCAUCGGCCUCCCCGACUACGACAAUGCCGGCAUGGCCGGCAUGACCUCGGUCAUCGGACCGAGCAACUGGAGCUUCGGCAACCUCGUCAACAAGGCGGACUCGGAUGCUGACGCCGACAUCGCCAGCGACGUGGCGCAGAACGAUGGUUCGUCGGUUCAGGAAUUUGACGAUGUGCCCGUUGGCGGCGGGGACGUGGAGCACCUCCUGCCGCUGGAGCCCGGGGCUGAGUACAUCGAGCCUCUCGAGCCAUCAGGGGACGGCUUCGCCGACUACGACGCCCCGCCGCCUCCGCCAUCGGUCGAGGACCAGAACUACAUGAGCCGGAUCGCCGCCGAGACCUGGGUUAAGCAGCAGAUCCACACGGUGCCGCCAAUGAACACGCUCAACGGGGAGGACGACGACCGGGCGAGCGACAGGGUCGCAGAGAUCCACGUCGGCGGCGACGCGGAGGACGACGACGAUGGCCAGGACAAGCCGCGCGCUUAG